AUGUGGACUAUUUUCGUUACAAUUAUUCUACUUGGUUCAAGAAUCGAAGCCAUACCGCGGACUGAUGUAACUGUUUCAGGUUUGUCGUCGGGUGCUGCGAUGACAGCUCAGCUGCACCUCGUUUAUUCAUCAACAAUCAGCGGCAGUGGUGUUCUUGCUGGUCCUCCCUAUUAUUGUGCUCGAGGCAAUUCGAAGAAUGUUGACGAAUGUCUGUACGGCCCAGCAAAAUCAAUUCCUGUCGAAACACUCAUCCGCCAAUUACAAUCAUACGCUUCUGCUGGUACAGCUGAUCCAACAUCGAAUAUUAAAAAUGAUCCUGUCUACAUAUUUACUGGUAAGUAUGAUCCCGUCGUUUUUCCUGAUGUUGUUAAACUCAAUACAAAAGUGUUUUUAUCGUUCGGUGCGAAUAUCAAGCCAAAUUAUGAAAUGCACGCGACUCACGGAUAUGCGACAGAAAAUUUUGGUGGACCUUGUGAGAUUCCCGAUCUAAAAUAUUUUAUUAAUAAUUGUUCGUUCAAUUUGGCUUAUGAUGUAUUAAAUCAUAUAUUUGGUGGAAAUCUGACUAAACCCGGGCAAACAGUACCACUAACUGGUCAGUUUAUAACUUUCGAUCAACCUGCACUAAUGAGUCCAGAAUCUGUUGAGAUACGUGGCGUACGCUGCAAGAGUAUUUUUUCCUAUUGGGCAAAUUGGCUAAAAGUACCGAUAGGAACAUCUAAACUUCCUGGUUUAGUUGACAUUACAUCGACGAAUUCUUCUAGUUUCGACAAAGAAGGUUACGUUUAUUAUCCAACAAAUUGUGUGAAAGAAAAGAAAUGUCCAAUUCAUGUAGCUCUCCAUGGAUGUUUACAAGGGAAAUGGCGCAUUGGUGAUGUCUUCGCGAAGAAAACGGGUUAUUUAGAAGUGGCUGAACUCAAUAAUAUUAUUAUAAUAUUUCCACAAAUUAUAGCAUCGCAUGUCAAUCCGUCAAAUAAAGAAGGCUGUUGGGAUUGGUGGGGCUAUAGUUCUCCUAACUAUGCUAAUAAGCUGGGUAUAGAAAUGGCAGGUGUGAAGAAAAUGAUCGACAGUUUCAGAUCUAUUAAUACUGCUUUACAUCCUUUCGAGAAAUAA